AUGGGUAACUUUACGCAGUUUUCAUAUUUCAUACUUUCAGGCUACUUUGAUACUGGGAAUUAUGAGUACUUCUCUUUCAUAAUUGUUAUGCUUUUAUAUAUUUUCACUGUUUGUGCCAAUCUUUUGCUGAUUGUGGUUAUCUGUCUGAACAGGAGCUUACAUGAACCCAUGUACAUUUUUCUGUGCAGCCUGUUUGUAAAUGAGCUGUUUGGUAGUACAAUCAUGUAUCCAUUUCUUCUGCUUCAGAUCCUCUCUGACAUUCACACUAUUUCUUUUUCUUUUUGUUAUCUGCAGAUUUUCUGUGUGUACACUUAUGGAAUCGUAGAAUUUAUGAAUUUGACUGCCAUGUCUUAUGACAGAUAUCUUGCAAUCUGUUGUCCUCUACAAUAUAGGAAACAUAUGUCAGCAAAAAAUAUUGCUAUACUAAUUACUCUGAUAUGGUUAUACCCAAUGCUUGAAGUUAUUACCAUGUUAUCAUUGAGUGGUACUUUACAGCUCUGUGGGAACAUUAUUAACAAAGUAUUCUGUACCAGUUACUCUAUUGUCAACUUAGCAUGUUCUGACACCAGCUAUUUUAAUAUUAAUGAAAUAAUUGGAAUUAUUUUGCUGCUCUGUGUUCCUGUUGCUAUUAUCUUUUACACUUAUAUAAGAAUUCUUAAAGUUUGUUUUUCUGGUUCCAAGCAGACGAAACAGAAAGCUGUCAGUACCUGCACACCUCACCUUGCUUCUCUGCUCAACUAUUCCUUUGGGGCUUUCUUUGAUACGAUGCAGACCAGGUUUAAUUUGAGCAGUGUACCUAAUAUGUUACGCAUUUUUUUGUCAUUAUAUUGGCUCACUUGCCAGCCGAUCUUCAAUCCUUUAUUGUACGGACUGAAAAUGUCUAAAAUACGUAGCUUAUGUAAAAAUCUUGUCUUUGGUAAUAAGUAA